AUAACAUGCUUUUUUUUUUUUUUUUUUGAAAAGCAGAUAAUAACAUGCUUAAAUUACAGUCAAUUGUGUAGUUUUCUUGUUUUCAUUCAUCUUCUAAAAAAAACAAAACUUCAAAUUCCUCUGUUUUUCCAACAAUGGAGAAAAUAGUACUUUACCCAUCACCAGGAAUCGGCCAUUUAAUCUCCAUGGUCGAGCUCGGAAAACUUCUAUUAUCUCACUCUUCUUCUAUCUCCAUUACUAUUCUCAUUGCAAACUUCCCUUCAGUUAGUAGUUCAUAUUCAUCCUACAUCUCCUCUGUUUCGGCUUCUUUUCCUUCAAUCAACUUCCUUUCUCUGCCUUCAGUUUCUCUACUACUUGGUGAUCCAAUAAAUUACGAAAAUUUUGAACAUAUUCUUUAUGAAUUUCUUCAGAGUAAUAGCAACAACGUCAAACAAUCCCUUGAAUCGAUUUCUGUCUCUUCCCCUGUUUCAGCCUUCAUUAUUGACUUUUUUUGUUACUCUGCUGUUGAAGUGUCUCAAUCACUUAAAAUACCCACUUACUUUUUCUUCACUUCUGGUGCUUCUGCUCUAGCUUUCUUUCUUAAUUUCCCGGUCUUCGAUAAAAUUGCCACUGAUUCUUACAGGAAUCUUAUGGAUUCGGCUUCGUUUGAGAUUCCUGGAUUGUUCUCUGUUCCUGCUAGUCAUAUGCUCGAGCCUAUGCUUGAUCGAGGUGUGAGUUAUCAUGAGUUUGUUAAAAUGGCUGAAACCAUGCCCAAGUCCGAUGGGAUUAUCGUUAAUACAUUCGAGUCGUUGGAGGUUAAAGCUGUAAAGGGUUUGAAACAGGGGACUUGUCUUCCUGAUACACAAAUUCCUCCUGUUUAUUGUAUUGGGCCUUUGUUUGCUAACCGUGGCGGCGGUGCGGAGAAUAAUAGUGAAGAGAGGCAUGAAUGUCUGAAGUGGCUUGAUUCGCAACCUAGUAAAAGUGUGGUAUACUUGGGGUUUGGGAGUAGAGGUAUGUUUUCUAAGGAACAAAUUUUGGAGAUAGCUUUAGGGUUAGAAACGAGUGGGGUGAGGUUUUUGUGGACGGUUCGGGCCCCUCCUAGUGAAGAGAAGGGUGCCAAUUUGUCUCAGCCACCGGAUCCGGAUCUAGAUUCGAUUCUUCCAGAAGGAUUUUUGGAUCGGACUAAAGAUAGGGGUCAUGUAGCUAAGUCGUGGGUCCCACAGAUUGCGGUGUUGGGUCAUGAGUCAGUGGGUGGGUUUGUGAGUCAUUGUGGGUGGAACUCGACUUUAGAGGCAGUGGAUGCUGGGGUGCCUAUGGUGGCGUGGCCUCUUUACGUCGAGCAAAGGUUUAAUAAGAUUCUAAUUGUGGAGGAGAUAGGGAUUGCAUUACCAAUGGAUGAAAAUGAAGAUUGGUUUGUGAGUUCGAGUGAGAUUGAGAAGCGAGUCAAGCAAAUUUUAGGCUCGGAAGGAGAUGUUGUAAGAAAACAAAUGCUCGAAAUGAGGGAGAAGGGUAAGAUUGCUCUCAAUGAAGGACAGUCGUCUAAUGUUGCAUUAACUGCAUUAAUGGAAUCAUGGAUACAUUGAAGAAUGAAGAUUGUGCAAUGUUAUGUAAGUUGCUAUGCUGACAAUACAAUUUCUAGGCUUUACUCGUGUUGAAUCUUUAAUAAGCUUGAAUCUUUAAUAAGCUUAAUUACUUGUGCAAUUGUUCUUAAAUUCUUAAUUUGUUUGAAAUUAUGGAGUGGUCUACUGAUCUUGGAUGUUGCCUAUAUUGGAGGCUA